AGACUUCCCGUGCUUGGGAUGAUGUCUGCGGAUGACAUUGCGGCCACCAGGAACAAGUUGCACUGAGAUUUUUCUUUAGUUUGCUUUGCAGGGUCUGUGUGACUCGGGCAUGACGAUUUCAUUCAUGUAUAUAACACUUGCUCCAUCUCCUCACUUGCGUGUCUCUUGGCCGCCAGACUGAACUUCUCCUGGACCAUUACGGCCCAGAUUCGUGCAUCAAACAGUUCAUCUUCCAAGUCUGCUUUUUUCCGCCAUGUUUGACCGUUCUCUCCUCCUAAUGGCCCUUAUGGGUUGCGCCAGUGCGGCGACAAUCCCGGCCAGUGCCACUACAGAGACGCCUCAGUACUUCCAGACAACGCCCGAACUGUGGCCUGGUCCUACUGCAACUGGAACGGCUCCAUUUCUCGCGCAGACAAAUCUUGCUCCCUUUGGUGAAUCCCGCACGGUCAAUCCCAAUGAUCCUCUGGAGACUCAAAUGCCCAUUCAAGGCAAGCCAGAAAAACAAAACAUUUUCCGGCUUAUGGGCCAGCUGAGCCAUUACCAGCCCGCUGUCGAAGGUUUUGGCGUUGAGGAGUACCCUCUUCCUGCGGGCGCCAAUAUCACCCAGGUGAACGUCCUUCAUCGCCAUGGCAGCCGUUACCCAACUUCGAGCAACAUUGUUGCCAAGCUUGGCAGCGCCUUAGGCAAGGCCCAUAUUAAUGCCACUGGCGCCCUAUCUUUCCUGAACUCGUGGAAGUACAGCCUCGGUGCUGAGAUUCUCGUGCCUGUAGGCCGUCAGGAGAUGUUCGACUCGGGUGUUUUGCACUACUAUCAAUACGCUCAUCUCUAUGACACCAACACCAAGAUUAUUGCCCGUACUCCCACUCAAGACCGCAUGACCAAGAGCGCCGAGUAUUUCUUGGCUGGUUUCUUCGGUCAGGAGUGGACCAACAACGCCACCAUUGAGGUGAUUAUUGAGAACAGUGGCUUCAAUAACAGCUUGGCUGGCGGCAAAAACUGCAAGAAUUCCAAUGGAGACGUGAGCGCACUCGGCGAUGAUGCGACCGCGCAAUGGUACAACAUCUAUCUGGCCAAUGCCACUGCUCGAUUCAAUUCAAUGACCUCUGGCUACAACUGGACCGCUGACGACACCUAUGCGGCACAAACCCUUUGUCCGUACGAGACCGUUGCCCUCGGCUUCUCCAAGUGGUGUGACCUCUUCACCUACGAGGAGUGGCAGGGAUUUGAAUACUCUCUUGACCUGAACUUCAACGGCGACGAUGGGUUUGCUUCCCCGACCGGCCGUGCCGUUGGUAUCGCCUAUGUUGAGGAGUUCCUUGCUCGGCUGCAGCAUCACGUCCUUUCCACUCCAGAGGGCACUGCUAACAUUACUCUCGACAACAACACCGCCACCUUCCCGAUUAACCAGACCCUCAACUUUGACUUUUCUCACGAUACCAACAUCUUCUCCAUCUUGACCGCCUUUGGCUUCACCCAGUUCCAGGAGGAUCUGCCAGCAACUCACAUGGUGAAUCGGAACACGAUCAUCUCCCACAUCACGCCUUUUGGCGCUCGCCUCGACGUUGAGGUGAUCAAGACCCCGCAGCCAGUCCCGGCCAACCGCUCUUCGGACUACGUUGCUGGACCGCCCACGACGUACCUUCACUUCAUCCUCAACCAGCGGACCCUCCCUCUAGGUGCCAGCUUCCCAGAGUGCGGCGACCGUGUUGAUGGCUGGUGUGACAUUGACACCUUCUUGGCCGUGCAAGAAAAGUCGGCGGCGCUUGCCAAUGCGGACUAUGCUUGCAACGGCGACUACCCCAAGGUUCCAUAUGGCACCAUCAAGGAUGGUGCGCCCUUGACUUAAGAUUCUAUAAAUUUCCGCAUGGAAGGCGAUGAAGACAAGUCAUUGUCUAUAGUCUCGCCUAUUCAACUAUAAUGAUUAUAAUAUUUACUUUUUUUUCGCGUGAUAUGUUUUUUUUUUUUUUUU